AUGUUCUUGUUUCAGUUUAAGCUAGAUCUAGAAGCUGCCGAGACAGCUCGCAAUGCCAUAUUGGGUUUGGCUCAGGAGCCAUUAACGAACAUACGAUACAAUGGUGGUUCAGUAAAUUCCGCAGCGGUAAAGAGAGCCCUGAAGAUGACAAGCUCAGCGGUCGGCCAUCCGAUGUUGACAACAACCAACUUCGAGCCUUAG